UGGCUGAGAUGCAGCAUCCCUGAGCAAGGCGGCCACUCAGCCAAGGCGUGAAACCGCCUGGACUGGAGAGAUCACAGCUAGGACCACUUCGUUCCUGGAGCACUGUCAGUGAAGCUGGAGAGAGGAGGAGAAGGGGAGAAUAGAUCAGUUUGCUCCGGAGCCUGUGAUUCUGCUCACCGGGGUGUUGAUCAGCCCCUGCUGCGCGGUGGGGGAGCGGUGGGGCUGUGGACAGAGCGGGAGGCUUUCAGUUCUGAUUGCACGAAGGAACUUUGGUUGGACAACACUGAGCAGGGCUCCAGCUGGCAUCUUCCUUAGCCAUCCUAACCCUUCCUCCUCCCCGCGCUUCGUCCGACAGGUGAAGCAGAAUGGCCCCAGACUGUGAGCGUUUGGGAAGCUUUAAGGUGGCUGCGUAAGACAAGGAGUUGUUGCCUGGAAAGGAGACGAGUGUCCAGAGAAAGCAUCCUCAAAUGUUCCUGCUCACAAGGGACACGAGAGAAAUGGAAGCUGGCUGUUAAAGGCGAGCCGUGAAGAAAAGGAUCUCUGCCGGGCGUGCGGCUAAACGGAACAAGGUGGCCCGAAUGCAGCACAUCUGAAGGAAUGCAGCUCAUCCCACUGCGUGGACUAGCCCCUGGGAUCAGCGCAGGUUAAAAAUCGGAGCCGGGCGCAGCGUGCAGAGGGACUGGAAGCCAUCCGAGUAGCAGCCACGCUUCAGACAGCCCCUCGGCUCUCCCUGCUGCUCUGCCCGCCCCCAACUCGGCAGCUCCCCACCUCCUUACUAAAGGACACCGGAGAGCCACUCGUUAACACUCAGGGGACCUCCCCUCCCCAGCGGGAGGUCUCUGCUAAGCCGCAUCCGCUGCCACCAUCCACCCAGCUUCACACCCCGCUCUCUUUUGCCCCCCGGCGAAGACUUUGCAAAUGAAAGCUGCGGUGCUGGGGAUUGCAGCCUGUGGGAGGAUCAGCGUAACGGGACAGGGUGGGAAGCAGUGGUGCCGGCCUCCCGGAACAUGGAUCGAUUCGCCAGCAGAUUCCCACCUCUUAGGAACAUGGCCGUGUGGUGCUUCAUCCUGCUCCGAUCAGUAUCCAUCCAGGACCGGACUCACAGCCACGCCGAGGAGCGCCUCUUCAAGUACCUGUUCACCAGCUACAACCGGUGGUCCCGGCCAGUCCCCAACAUCUCCGACGUCGUCAUCGUCAGAUUUGGGCUGUCCAUCGCUCAGCUGAUCGACGUGGAUGAGAAGAACCAAAUGAUGACCACAAACGUCUGGCUGAAACAGGAGUGGAGUGACUACAAGCUGCGCUGGAACCCGGCGGACUUCGAUAACGUCACCUCCAUCCGGGUGCCCUCUGAGAUGAUCUGGAUUCCUGACAUUGUGCUGUAUAACAACGCCGACGGGGAGUUCGCCGUGACGCACAUGACCAAAGCCCACCUCUUCUCCAACGGCAAGGUGAAGUGGGUGCCGCCGGCCAUCUACAAGAGCUCGUGCAGCAUCGACGUGACCUUCUUCCCCUUCGACCAGCAGAACUGCAAGAUGAAGUUUGGCUCAUGGACGUACGACAAGGCCAAGAUUGACCUGGAGAGCAUGGAGCGCGACGUGGACCUGAAAGACUACUGGGAGAGCGGGGAAUGGGCCAUCAUCAACGCCGUGGGCACCUACAACACCAAGAAAUAUGACUGCUGCACGGAGAUCUACCCCGACAUCACCUACUGCUUCAUCAUCCGGCGCUUGCCCCUUUUCUACACCAUCAACCUGAUCAUCCCCUGCCUGCUCAUCUCCUGCCUGACCGUGCUGGUCUUCUACCUGCCCUCCGACUGCGGGGAGAAGAUCACCCUCUGCAUCUCCGUGCUGCUCUCCCUCACUGUCUUCCUGCUGCUCAUUACCGAGAUCAUCCCUUCCACCUCGCUGGUCAUCCCCCUGAUCGGCGAGUACCUCCUCUUCACCAUGAUCUUCGUCACCCUCUCCAUCGUCAUCACCGUCUUCGUCCUCAACGUCCACCACCGCUCGCCCAGCACCCACAAGAUGCCCCGCUGGGUGCGCGCCGCCUUCCUGGACUUCAUCCCCCGCUGGCUUUUCAUGAGACGGCCUCCGGUGCUAACCCCCCGGCAGGGGCUGAGCGGGGAGUAUGACCCGCCUGGCGUCAGGCUCAGCACCUCCAGGGGCUGGCUGGAAACGGACGUCGAUGACACAUGGGAGGAGGAGGAGGAGGAGGAGGAGGAGGAGAGGAGGCACCCCGGACGCGCGCCACUCCAGACAGGCUCCCACAAACACAGCGUCCAAUACCGCUCCGGCUGCGGCCGCCACCUGGGCAGGGGGCGGGGGGCCCGGGCACAGCGCCCGCCUGCCAAAGGGGACAGCUUGGGGUCGGAUCCCCGCCUGCUGCUGUCCCCCAGCAUUCUGAAGGCCUUGGAGGGGGUGCACUACAUCGCAGACCACCUGCGGGCCGAGGACGCUGAUUUCUCGGUGAAGGAGGACUGGAAGUAUGUUGCUAUGGUAAUAGACCGGAUAUUCCUCUGGAUGUUUAUCAUCGUCUGUUUGCUGGGGACCAUCGGCCUCUUCCUCCCUCCCUUCCUGGCUGGGAUGAUAUAGGGGUCUGUGCCCGGCCCGGAAGGUGGUCCUGCUCCCAGACCUGUGCCCAGGGCUGGGGAAGGGACAAACUAACCCACCCUGACUGUGGAGCCACCUUGGGCUUGUCCACACUGGAGGAACAUUGUCAAGCCACGACCCCAUUUGAACUCCCGCUCGUCCGAGUUAAUACCAGCACAGCGCCAGUGCCGAAGCCACACGUCCGCUGGGCCCGUAGAUGCUCCCACGCGUCUGGUUUGUACCAACAAGUGAACAGCGCUGGGCAGUUGGGGCGGGAGAACCCUACAGUGAAACCCCAACAAGAUUUUUUCUUGAGUCACUGAAACUGCUUAAAACAAAGCGGAUCAGAACAGAACCGCCCGGGGUGCUCUGCAUUUGAAAUUAACAUGCCCAUAGCUACCUAGCAAGGGAGCAGGUGCGCCCCCUACGAUGGGAACACAUUGCUCACGUUGGUUUGGUGACAAGGUUCAUUUCAUACUGUUCCUCCCAGCCACACACAGUUACCGAGUCCAGUUUAUCCCCCAGGUGCAAACAUAACCCACUGGUCAGGGUGUUAGAGAUCCCCAUCAGUAGCCUGCAGCUGGGAAGCUCUAUCUCUAGCAGCUCAUGAUUUUAGCCAGGGAGGUCCCCGGGUCAAUCCCCAGGGGACAGCCAUGGCAUAAGCAUCCCAGGAGUUAAUUCGGGUGAUUGGCACCCGGGUCAGCCUAGCCCAGGGAGCAACCUCACUGCAAAGCCGUGCCUGUGUCCUCACUAGCACUGCGCGGCGUGCGUGGGGCUAGGACUUGUGAGGGCACGUCCCAUGGUUCUUUGUGCUGCUCGACGAUUCUUCUCCAUGGAGCCGGGAGAGAACUUGUCUGUCCUUCCGGGUACACAGGGGGAAUUGUGGGAAGGCACUGGAGGACUAUCAGCGGCUGAGCCUGUGUCCUCACCGCAAAGCCGGCAGGUUCCAGGCUGAAGGGAAAGCAGCACCUACCCCCUCAGCGGGGCCAGCUAACCCAGGGUGAAAUUCACUCCAGUGCUCAGGGCUGGUCCAAGAGCUAGUCACCACUUUCAGCCGUGUUCUGCCCGGAACGCCCAUUGCAGGUGAGAGCUGCCUGGAAGUUCUUUUCAAAGCAAACAAACAUUUUUUGGCGGGGGGAAAGGGAUGGUGAAUCGUCAAAAAAAAUUGCUGAAACUAAUCACAACAAAGAUUUUUUUGUUUUCACAUCAAAAAUUUAUUUGUUUGCUUUUUGGAACCCCGCCCCCUUUCCCACCUCCAUUUUUCCAGGGGGGAAAGAAGGGCAGAGGGGGAAAGGUUUUCUAUUAAAACCUUCCCAAAAUCUUUCAUUCUGAUUCAUUUCAUAAAAAAACCCUGCAAAAAUUUUCAGAUGAAAUGGACAAUUUAAAUGCCGUUUGACGUUUCUCCAUGGAAAAUGCUCAAACAGCCUUAACUUACUGCAGGCGCUAAUGAAUUCUGAGAACAAACCUGGCAGGCUUUCUGGCCAGUUUCUAAAUGGAGGAAACUGAGGCACAGAGAGAGCGUGGCAAGUCACGGAGAUUGCACAGGAAGUCGUCUGCCAGCGCAAGGGCUCACACCCCGGUCUUUAACGGCCCAGCCAGGUAGCAUCAAAGCUGAGCCUGGAACCCCGGCAUCCCAGUUCCCCCAAGCUAGCCAGCCAACUUGUACGUAAAGUCAAACUAAAGUUCUGUCUGCCCCAAGUCAGUGGUCAAAACAGUACCCUGAAGCCCGGUAACACAGGAGGGAAGGCAAACAUCAUUUCCUGCCUUUUUGGAAGCACCAGAGAAAAAUCAAAGAAAGCUUCUCUGAUUUUAUCCUUGCAGCUGGCAGCAUCAUUGAUUGCCAUGUGUCGGGGCUAGUGCCCCCAGUGGAAGCAGGACUUCUAUCUAGGCCUCUGCCCAGGGGCCAGUUUCACUGUAGAAGGGAUGAUCCCUAGGCAGGCAUUAGUGUGGUGACUGAGUGGCAUGAUCCUGGCUUGUGGUGCUAAGGGUCCAAGCUUCCAAUCCCAAGGAAGGCCUGGUGGUGGAUGUAUAAACAACAGGACCUUAAAUUUGGAUGUCUGGGGUUUUUUACUAUAUAUAUAGCUACAUUCUAGCCCAACGGUAAGAUAUGGGCUGGAUGCAGGAAGGACUUUAAAUCCCAGUGUUGCUAGUUAUUGGGGUAUUUGGGGUUCUAUGUAAUCCCCAGCUGCUGGACACAAGAGGCUGUAGGAGACGCCCAGCUUUCUAUCCAAAACUAAAGGACGUUUCCAGCCCUCCUAGAGGGCUUGACAUUGAGAAGCAAGUACAACCUGAAGGCAAAGAAAAAGAACCCCCCCCUCCCCCAUUUAUUAUCUUUCUAAAAAAAUCUCAUGGUUGUUAAACCGAUCUCAGGAUUGGGGGCAGGGAUAUGAUUUUGGAAUGCUUGAGGGCUGGCAAACAUUGCCCCUGAGUUCUGCAAGACAUCAACUAGGCGUUCUGUGUUUGGACAGCACCUCACACCGUAAGGUCCUGGGGCUCCUGCAGUGAAUGGGUUACCUAGGGAGGGGGUGGAAUCUCCUUCCUUAGAGGUUUUUAAGGCCCGGCUUGACAAAGCCCUGGCUGGGAUGAUUUAGUUGGGGGUUGGUCCUGCUUUGAGCAGGGGGUUGGACUAGAUACCUCCUGAGGUCCCUUCCAACCCUGAUAUUCUAUGAUUCUAUGAUACAUAAUAAGUAAUAAUGGUCCCGUCAGGCCUUACAAAUCCAUGCCGCUCUAAGGUCAAGGUGACGUCCCAGAGAUGUUCAAUAUUAUCUUCUGGGGAGGCUAGAUUGUCACCCAUAAACACACCUCCCUCCCCCUCAUUCCAACGUGACUGUUCUGGCCUACAGUUGAUCCAGCCCGGCCACCUAUGCAUAAAGUACCCUUACAAACAACAGCUCUCCAACACGCACUUGCUACUGCUGCCACCUGGGGGCUGGCCUAGCGAGGAGAAGUGCCUGAGGCCCUUUCAGCCAGGACGCUUUGAAUGAAGGAACAGGAUGCAGAAUGAUCGGAGACAUGGAGCCUGGGCACAGGAGCAGAAUAGCGAGCUGGAAUACGUGUUUCAAACAUAGGCAUUAGCAUUGAUACUGGCAGGGCCAUAUGGCCUACAGGAGUCUGUGGGUGGACAUUUGUGUUUCCGGAUAGGAGUAUAAAGUUAGAGAGAGAGAGAGAGGAGGGUGUGUGUGUGUGUGUGUGU